UUCCGGAAAGUACGUCACUCUGGCCAUAGAGCCUCGAUUCAAUUUUUCAUGUAUCUGACAUCAGUUAAAGUCCGCGUCUCAAUCACGAAAGCGAGGCUCUAUAGCCAAGAUGACGUACUUUCCGGUAUUAAAAAAACAUGGACUGUGACGUGACGGGAAAAUCCCACAGAGACUAGUAAACCUGCUUAGACUUGAAACUGUAAAUAUCAGUCUUAUUUUGGCGCUAAUAAGAUACGCAGUUAUUAUAGGGAGAAGUAUACAGGAUAUCUUACUGUAUCAAAGGAAACGAGGUUCUGUCUGUUAGUCGUAUCUUGGCACUGUCUGUAUGUAUGAGAAUACACGACUAUUAUAAAAGGGAACUGAUUGAUAUCAAGAGGAAUAAAUAUGGCGGAAUGCAAGGAAAUCGAAGUCUACAUGCCACCAGAUUUAAAUAAACGUUUGGAAGAAGAACAAGAUACGCUUGAAAGAUAUUUUAACCGGCCAGGACAAUACCCAAUCUUGAAUAAAAACAAUGAGCCAUGUUUUGAGCACGAAGUGAGAUUAAAUGGAGACAGAAUUUAUAAGCUUCGUGUUUAUGUGAAUAGCCAGUAUCCUCAUUGUUUACCAGACCUGGUCGUGUGUGAAUCACCGGAGCCGAUGCCUAAUUGGGGUGUAAAUCAUGAUACUCAUACUUGGCCACCUAAAUACGGAUUUCUACAUAUCUGUCACUGGCAUUUGGUUGCUUGGACACGAGAGAACAUGAUUUACCAGGUAGCAUAAACAGCAUAGUUUUACAUAUUAAGUUAAAAUUAAAGAUAUUGACACCGGAAUGUCUGUCGGGAAACAAUAAGGAAGACUUCAUGUUUUUAUAUGAGAUAUGUGAGUACUUGUGGUCGUUGUGGAGUCAAUGGAGUGUUCAAAUGUAUUUCUGAAUGUUCCAACAGCGACUUGAACAAAGGUAUAAGCGUUCUGAUGAAUGUGUUACUGAGAUGCCCAAUUCAGAGACACUCUCACAUGCGUAUAUUCAACGAGGGAUAUCCCCAAUCCAUAUAUGAUGAGCAUAAGACGAUAAAAACUGAUCCAGCCAUGAAUGAUAUACUGGGUUCAGCAGUGCAUGUAUAGGAAUAGUACAACUACCGGUGUUCACAUGGAAACAAAUUUCUUGCUAAAAAAUGUCUGAGCUUCAAAAAACAAUGAUUAUAUAGUAUUUUUCAUAUUUUUUUUAUAGGUUUUCAACAAAGGAGAAGAGUGGCUUGAAGCCUACGAGAAAUAUCUGGUAACAAAGGAACUGUCACUGGAUUUAAAACCGAUGAAACUCACUGAAGAAGAACAAGUAAUAGCACAAAGAUUAGACCAACAACAACAAUUCGUACAAUUACAAAAAUGCGCAGCUUUCGCUAUGUCUCAGUUAGACCCUAACUUUCUGAUGAUGCUACAUCGCUGGCUCAUGUCGGAAAUAACUGGAGAUAAUUUGCAAAUAUUCCCCAUAUCGUCGCCUAUAACUGAUGAAAGAAUAAGAAAUACGCACAGACGAUUGCUACGUGCCGAAUCUGCUACACAAAGAGUAAAUGAAGAUGAAAUUAUGUUAGCUGAGUGGUCGAAGUUGCGAUGUGCAAUCGUUGAAUACUGAUAAAGCAGUUUGGCCAACCUGGUUGCUUGUACUCUUAAAGUUUCUUUCACACAGACAACACAGACUGAUGAUGGAAAGCCUCAACGUGCAGUCGAUACAAUCUAGCUAACAAAAUAACCGAAAUAGUUUUCUCUAGCUUUUAUAAUGUAUAAUUUAAUACUUUUACUACAAAAUAAGGUUUACGAGUUGAACUCCUUCGUUAUAUGUGGGUAUUGCACAAAUGAUGAUUAAAUUAAUUUAACUUGGUGCAUAAAUUUUAACAUUUGCUGUUGUAUCUAUAAAUAAAAACGGUGUAAAAUAUAAAAUUAUAUAUAAUAAAUUAAUCUGUACAAUUACAAUUAAAAUAUUAAAUUACUGAAAGUGUAAAUAUUUGACAGUGCAAGUCGGACUGACAAUUAGUCUGUGCAUGUAUCUAUGCAUGUGCUGCGGUUCUGCGCGAAUAGUUCAGUCGUCUUGAUGGAUGAUCCGUCUAUGAGAAUGAGUACUAUAUGAAUAUGCGUUAUCAGCCAUCAGGGAAAUUGUAGGCGUGAAAUGUUCCCAUGAUCAUUGGUAAUAUAUAUCUUACUCUAGCUUAGUGUUAUAUUUAAACUACGAUGGAUUAUCCAUCACUCAUCAGUGUGGUUCAUUUCAGGCCUAAUCUUCUGUCUUUCUGAUUAAUUUUAGCCAUACGACGUUCAUAUUUUGCCUGAUGACGUUCUUCUUCCUGAAGUUCUUCUUCCGUUGGCUCCAUCGCCGACAAAAGUUCGUUCAUAGGUUUACCAGUCGCAAGAUGCUCUUCGUACGCUUCUAGCCAUUGCUCGCCUUUCUCAAAAACCUCAUACAGCAUAUUUUCCCGCGUCCAACACAAUGGGUGAUAAAAGCAAAUCUGUAAAAGUCCAUGUUUUUGUGACCAAGUAUGAGUCGUAUGUGUUCCUUGCCAUUCUGAAGAUUUGGGCAUCGGUUUUGGCGAAGCACAUACAACUAAAUCGGGCAGUUGUUCGGGAUAAUUUUCCCCUACCAAAAUUCGUAAUCUGUAGACAUUAUUCCAGCUCGUCUUUAUGUUUCGUUCGAAUAAAGCCAUGCCGUAUCUCCAAUUCCACGCGAAUUUUUCCCCAUUGUAGUAAUUUUCAAGCCAGUUUCGCUCAUGUUUUAAUCGUGCCCGUAAGAAUUUAUUAUCCGCCAUUAUUCUUUAACAUAAGUUAACAACACGAGUACACGACGUUCAUACUUCG